CUGCCUGCCUGUCGUCUGCGGCGGCCGCCCGCCUGCCUCCGCCUUCUCCUCCGUCGCCUCGGGAUCCCCAGAGCGGCACUCGGCAUAGGGGAAUGUCCCGGGCGCUGCUGCGACUCCUCGCGCCGCGAGAGCCGCAUUUAUUCGCCACCUAGACGGGGCACGCCUCGCGAGACCCAGCCCGCGCCCCGCGGCCCCCCGGAACCGAGCAGGAGCACCAGCGAUGGCCGCCGCUAUAUAGCGAGCGGGCGCUCGAUCCGGAGCCGAGGAGAGGGGAGUGGCGUGCUGUUCCAGUCACAGCUCGGCCUGUUCGUCCGGCGAUGGGUGCCGCGCGCGGUCGCCGGGUGCUGGCCCUCGGCCUCGCGCUGCUCGUGGUGCUCCGUGCCUGCUCCGGCCAGGGCGAGGACGGCGGCGGCUCGGACGCCCCGGCGGCGGCGGCGACGGCCCCGAUGGAGGAGAAGGAGCGGGCGGCGCUGUACGCGGCCAUCGAGGGCUUCGUCGGCAAGGGGUGGAACGGCUCCGGCCUCUACCCCGACCCCUGCGGCUGGUCGCCCAUCCAGGGGGUGUCAUGUGAUCUGUUCAAUGGUUUGUGGUACCCAACGGCGAUCAGCAUUGGCCCAGUUCUUGACAACUCGCUGCAGUGCGCCCCUGACGCCAGGUUCAGCCCCCAGCUGUUCGACCUGAGGCGCCUCCGGACGCUCUCCUUCUACAGCUGCUUCCCGGCGAGCAACCCCACGGCCAUCCCCGCCGCCAGCUGGGAGAAGCUGUCGGGCAGCCUCGAGACGCUCGAGUUCCGCACCAACCCGGGCCUCGCCGGCGCCAUCCCGGCCUCCCUCGGCCGCCUGGCCAGCCUGCAGUCGCUGGUGCUCGUCGAGAACAACCUGACCGGACCCGUGCCCGCCGAGCUCGGCGCGCUGCUGAAGCUGAGGCGGCUGGUGCUGUCCGGGAACGGGCUGUCGGGGCCGAUCCCGGCGACACUCGGUAACGCCCGCCACGACGAGCUGCUGAUCGUGGACCUGAGCAAGAACCAUCUAACGGGGUCUCUGCCUUCAUCGCUAGGUGGCCUGAGGGGGCUCCUCAAGAUGGACCUGAGCAACAACCUGCUGCAAGGCAGCAUCCCGCCGGAGCUCGGCAGGCUCAGGAACCUCACGCUGCUGGACCUCAGGAACAACAGCCUCACCGGCGGCCUGCCCCAGUUCGUGCAAGGCAUGGCGUCGCUGCAGGACCUGCUGCUCUCGAACAACCCGCUGGGCGGGAGCCUGCCGCCGUCCGGGUGGGAGGCGCUGGGCGACCUCGCGACGCUGGACCUGUCCAACGUCGGCCUGACCGGCGCCAUACCGGAGUCCAUGGCGGCGCUGGCCGGGCUGCGGUACCUGGCGCUGGACCACAACCGGCUGACGGGCACCGUGCCGGCGAGGCUCGCGCAGCUCCCCAACAUCGGGGCCCUGUACCUGAACGGCAACAACCUGACGGGCGCGCUGGAGUUCGCGCCGGGGUUCUACCAGCGGAUGGGGCGGCGGUUCGCGUCGUGGGACAACCCGGGGCUGUGCUACAACGUCGCGGCCGUGGACGCGGCGCACGCGCCGUCAGGCGUGGUGGUGUGCAAGGACCUGCAGGAGCCCAGCGUCCCGCAGGACGGGGGGAGGAAGCCCGAGGCGAGCUCGAGCCUCGUGGCGGCGUCGUCGGCGGUCGGGUUCUCGGCUGCCAGGGGCGGCGGGUUCUGGUCCGUGGUGGCCGUUCAGGGCACCGUGGCGGCGUUUCUUGGGUCUGUGCUCCUAUAGCGGCAGGUUUCAGACAGUUCAGAGUUCAGACAUAUGGAACGGGAGAAGAACAUGGAGAAACUUGUAGGUAGUUUAGCGAAAACCAGUUUCUGUGUGUUCUCUGAUCUUUUGCCCCUUUUUGGUUGGUGCUUCUGCUCAUCAUGGGAUGAGGGGGGAAGCGAGCAUGGUCAUGGAUGGAUGGACGUGUGUAUGGUUGAGAGCCAGAGUACAGUAGAGGGUGAGUUCUGAAAGUGUCUAGUGGUGACAGGGUUGGUUGUUCGUUCUGUGUAAUUAGCCUGUGUUCUCCGAUGUUGCAACAGGAAGUGGAUAAUUAGCCGCCGUCCUAUC